AUGCUCACAAGCAAGGAGCUCCGCACGGGUUUCUCCUGCCGCAGGCCGAGCACCGUUAGGCACCAGCGAGCCGAUGACGACAUCCCGCCGCCCGCGCUGCGCCCGGUGCGGCGAGAGUCGAGCGCCCCGCCCGGGGCAGGUGGCGUCACGGUCACCGGCCGAGCGGCGCACUUGUCGCUUUUAACGCUCCCCCCCUCGGCCCCCCCGCCGCCGGACGGCCCCCAGCCGGAAGCCUCGGGAUGGGGGCAGGCAGCCGCCGUUGGGAGCCAGCCGGGCCUUUCCGGGAGCGGCGGGGGCCGGAACCGCCGCCUGCGGUGGCUGGCGGAGACCGGAGGGCAGCAACACCGGCGCACGUGGGGAAGCCGCGCCGCACUUCGCCGGGACCCGCUGGGGCGGCGGUCGGGAGGCGCGGGGGAAAAGCGCGCGGAGCUGGCGGCCGGCGCCCCCGCCGCGCCCCCGCUCCCCGGUAGUUACCGUGCGGCGAAGCGAGGGGCCUCCCCCCUUCCUUUCUCCUCACGCGGACCGUGUGUCCGCCAGCUGGGGACAACGUGCGUGCGCACCGCGGUGACGUCACCGCGCCGCAGCGCGCGCAGGCGCACCGCCAGCUCACGCGCCCCCCCCUCCCUCCCGCCUGCCCGUCACGUGCCCGCGCCGAGCGCCGGGCCCGGCGCCCGGCCCGGCCCCGCGCACAGCGCCGCGCCGCGCGCGCGGGGAAGCUUCUCGAACGGGCGCGGACGCGGCGCUGCGCCGCGCGCACCGCCGCCGCCGCCAGCCGCCGCCGCCUUCGAAGCCCCGCGGGGCUCCGAGCGGCAGAGCCGCCGCCGCGGCCCCGCCCCCCCGCCGCUGCCGCCCGGCGAGGCGCCCGACCGCACCGCACCGCUCCGCUCCCCCCGGCGGAGAGUCCCGGCCGCGCCUCAGGUCACGGCUCUGGCCCGGGGCCCGCCGGCGGCGGGGACGCCUCCCGCGCUGGCACUCGACGGCCGGGGGGCGGCGCCGGCGGGAUGGGCGCCCAGCGGCAGCCCGGUCUGGACAGAGCCGGCGAGCGCCGUUCUGCGCCCCGGCAGAGCCCUGCGUAUCGUCCCGGCGCACCGGCGGCGUUAA